AUGGCGACUGACAUCAAGCUCGCUGCCGCCGUGCCGCUGCCGCCGCCGCUGGCGGCACGAGCACACCACCAGGCCAGCGAGGACCGCCCCCCGCCGGCGCCGCCGGGCCGCUCGCGGUCCUGGUCGCCGCAGGGCGCGGCCGAGCCCGGGAGGCUGCCCGCCGGGCUGGAGGUGGACUGCGGCCUCCACCUGGAGGUCCUGGGCCGGCUGCUGCAGCGGCGCGGCGACGGCGAGGGGGGCGCCCGCAUGAUGAGGCCGCGCCUGGAGUGCUGGGAGGCGGAGCAGGCGCUGCGGCGGGAGCUGCGGCGGAGCAGCGCGGCCCUGGCGCAGGCGCGGCCGCGCGGCGGCGGCAGCGGGGAGGAGCUCGACGCGAAGCCUCCGGGCGCGCGCGUGGGCAGGGCGCCCUCGCUGCUGGCGCAGGCGCGGCCGCGCGGCGGCGGCAGCGGGGAGGAGCUCGACGCGAAGCCUGCAGGCGCGUGCGUGGGCAGGGCGCCCUCGCUGAGCGCCUCCCGCGAGCUGUCGCCGAGGGGGGACAGACUGCUGGCCGGGAACUCCGACGACCAGAUCGAUAGGAUCCUAUCGUCGGCCGCCCCCAGCACGGAGGGGUACGCGAGCAUGGGCCACUACAGCAGCCACGCCAGCUUCGUCGGCCACAGCAGCUGGGACAGGGACGAGCGCGUCAUCGACCAGCUCCGCAAGCCGUCCUCGUCGAGACAGCUCGCCAAGCAGAAGCCCCUCUCAGAGGAUCACACGAGGGUGGAAAAGCCACCGAGGGCGUUCUACACGAUGCGGUGGCUGAUGAGCAAGCCGCAGUACGAGAUGGCCUGGGCGUUCCUCAUCUUCUGCAACCUGAUCGUGAUGAUCCUGGAAGUGGAGUACAAGGGCAUGCAGUGCGGCUACGAGCUUGGGGGCAUAUACGCCCAUUAUGGCUCGCAGGAGUAUACUAGCAGGUGGUGGCCUGGAGCCGACAGGGCGUUCUACACCGCGGAGUGCCUUUUCGCAGGGGUCUUCACUCUGGAGCUGCUCAUCACGUGCGGCUACGACUUCGCGUGCGCGUAUGCCGCCUGGCCUACCCACCGGGCUCCCUUCUGGAAAUGCCCGCUGGACCUCGUGGACUUGAUUGUCGUCGUGUGCUCCGACGUGUCGCUGGCCCUUGACGAGACGGACACGGCGGGCAGCAUGCAGGCGUUCCGCAUCCUGCGCCUGGCCAGGCUCCUGCGGCUGAUCCGGCUUCUGAGGAAGAUCUACCAGUUCGACACUUUGCACCUCAUGACAACGGCCAUCAAGGGGAGCAUGGGCGCCCUGAUGUUCUCCAGCAUGCUACUGAUCACGAUUCUGACCUUAUUCGCGAUGGUGCUCACGAACAUGUUGCGGACCACUUACAUAGGGGAGGACUCCCCCUUGGAGCCUGAGAAGCAGCAGGAGCUCUUCCGCUACUUCGGGACUUUUUCCAGGUCGAUGCUCUCGAUGUUCGAGCUGGCCCUCGCGAACUGGCCCACGGUCACGCGGUUCAUGGUCGAGGAGCUCCACGAGUGUUUCGGGCCGAUCUGCAUCGUGUGGAAGUUGUCGAUCGGCCUUGCCGUCGUCGGCGUGAUCAACGGCGUGUUCAUAAGAGAGACCUUUUCAGUGGCCGAGAGCGACGAGUUCAUCAUGAUCAGGAGCAGGAUGCGGCAGGUCCUCCAGCACCAGGACCGCAUGAGACGCCUCUUCCAGCUCGCGGACAAGAACAACGACGGGGUGCUCGUCCGUGAGGAGUUCCGCCGCGUCUUCGAAAAGCCCGCGAUCAAGGCCUGGCUGGAGGCCAUGGAGCUGCGCUGCGACGACGCGGACACGCUCUUCGCACUCCUGGCGGGCUCGGCGGACGGCGUGAUCAGCGAGGAGGGGCUGAUCAGAGGCAUCGCCCAGCUCAAGGGGCCAGCCAGGAACUUCGACCUGCUGACCCUCGUGCGUGGCCUCGAGGCCGCGAAGACUCCCAGCUGA